CCAAUGGGUAUAUCUGGAGAACCAAAUGUCACCACGGAACAGGGCAAUUUCAAGUUAAUUGAAAAUGCCAGCGGUUUAUGCAGCCGCACCUUUCAUCGAAGAUUUCUUGUCGCUGCGUUUUGCCAUUGAAGCUUGAUCCUAGGACUGGAUUGGCCGCUAAUGGUCCCAGCUGUGCGAUUUCGUUAGCUCGCAGAGACCGCAGUUGUCGUAACCAUUGAAGGAGCCUACGUACAGUAGCCUAAAGGAAAAAAACGGCGUGAUGAUGUGCGAGGUGAUGCCCACCAUCAGCGAGGACACGGCUCAGCGGGGCUCCCAGAGCAGUACCUCGGACCCAGACUCCCACUUUGAGCAGCUGAUGGUCAACAUGCUGGAUGAGAGAGACCGCCUGUUGGACACGCUGAGGGAGACCCAGGAGAGCCUGGGGAUGUCCCAGCAGCACCUGGAGGACGUUAUCUACGACCGGGACUCACUGCAGCGCCAGCUCAGCUCCGCCCUGCCACAGGAGUUUGCAGCCCUGACCAAGGAGCUGAACGUGUGCAGAGAGAACCUUCUGGAGAAGGAGGAGGAGAUCUCUGAGCUCAAGGCCGAGAGGAACAACACCAGGUUGCUUCUGGAGCAUCUGGAGUGCCUGGUGUCCAGGCAUGAGCGGUCACUACGUAUGACCGUGGUCAAGCGGCAGGCCCAGUCCCCCUCAGGCGUGUCCAGUGAGGUGGAGGUCCUCAAAGCACUCAAGUCCCUGUUCGAGCACCACAAAGCUCUAGACGAGAAGGUGAGGGAGAGACUGGAGGUGCUAGAGAGGGUUUCUGCAUUGGAGGAGGAGCUAACAUCAGCCAGGGAGGAGAUUGUGGCCUUACGGGAGCAGAAUGCCCACAUCCAGAGGAAGGUGGCGUCAGGGGACGGGUCAGAGGACAUGCUGGAGGGCACUGAUGCCAGCCAGAAGGUACUUAGCAAGCGCCUGUCCAACGGCUCCAUGGAGUCGGCCCAUGAGGCGGGCCAGGUGGUGGAGCUGCAGGACCUGCUGGAGAAGCAGAACUAUGAGCUGGCCCAGAUGAAGGAGCGCAUGUCCUCCCUGUCGUCCCGCGUCUCCGAGGUGGAGCAGGAGCUGGACACCGCGCGCAAGGACCUCAUUAAGACAGAGGAGAUGAGUACCAAGUACCAGAGGGACAUCAAAGAGGCUAUGUGUCAGAAGGAGGACAUGGAAGAGAGGAUCGUCACUCUGGAGAAGCGGUACCUCAGCGCCCAGAGAGAGUCCACCUCCCUGCACGACAUCAGUGACAAACUGGAGAAUGAGCUGGCCAAUAAGGAAGCCUUCCUCAGACAGAUGGAGGAUAAGAACAGGCAGCUGCUGGAGCGUUUGGAGAUAGCAGAGCAGAAGCUGCAGCAGACCAUGAGAAAGGCUGAGACCCUGCCAGAGGUGGAGGCUGAACUGGCCCAGAGGAUAGCAGCACUCACCAAGGCGGAGGAGCGCCACGGCAGCAUCGAGGAACGCAUGAGGCACCUGGAGGGCCAGCUGGAGGAGAAGCACCAGGAGCUGCUCAGAGCUCGGCAGAGAGAAAAGAUGAACGAGGAACACAACAAGCGCCUGUCGGACACGGUGGACAGACUUCUCACAGAGUCCAACGAACGCCUUCAGCUCCACCUGAAAGAGAGGAUGGCUGCUCUGGAGGAGAAGAACGUGUUAAUACAAGACUCGGAAGGCUACAGAAAACAGUACGAGGAUUCAAUCCAUGAUAAAACUCAUCUGGCAGAUGAGAUAGACAAGCUGAGAUCAGAGUUGGACCAGUUCCGACUGAGAACAGGCUCACUCACAGAACCCACUCUGUCACGGUCUCACCUGGACACGUCGGGGGAGCUCCGCUUCUCCCUGGGCUCCCUGGCUGAGACCCAGUCAGACCACUACCGGUCAGCCAAGGUCAUCCGCAGGCCCAGGAGAGGACGCAUGGGUCUCCACAGGGACGAGAGCAAGGCUAAGUCACUGGGGGAGCACGAGUGGCGCUCUCAGCAGCUAGGCAUCCUGGGUAGCCACCCCUUUGAGAGUGAGAUGUCUGACAUGUCGGACAUUGAUGACGAUGACCGGGAGACCAUGUUCAGCUCCAUGGACCUGCUGUCCCCCGGCGGUCACUCAGACGCCCAGACCCUAGCCAUGAUGCUGCAGGAGCAGCUGGACGCCAUUAACAAAGAGAUACGACUGAUCCAGGAGGAGAAGGAGUCGACAGAGCUGCGGGCGGAGGAGAUAGAGAACCGUGUGGCCAGCGUCAGCCUGGAGGGUCUCAACCUCGCCCGUAUGCACCACCCCGGAGCCUCCAUCACCGCCUCAGCCACCGCCUCCUCCCUGGCCUCUUCCUCCCCGCCCAGUGGACACUCCACCCCCAAGUUGGACCACCGCAGCACCUCAGACAUGGAGCGCAUGGGUAUCAUGACACUGCCCAGUGAUCUGAGGAAACACAGGAGAAAGAUUGCGGCCACCGACGAUGACGGCCAGGACAAGGCUACCAUCAAGUGUGAGACGUCCCCUCCUCCCACGCCCCGGACUGUACGCAUGACCCGCACACUGCCAGCCUCCUCACACAACGAGGCCCGAGGCAUUGCUGCCAGCCUGGAGGCAGAGGCCAGUGGUCUGAGCAGCGUAGCCAGCAGUCAGGACUCCAUCAACAAGCAGCCCAAGAAGAAAGGCAUCAAGUCCUCCAUCGGACGCCUGUUUGGCAAGAAGGAGAAGACCAGACUGGCACAGCUGCAUGCCCACAGGGAGGCCAUCGGGCAGAGCCAAGGAGUGUCUGAUCCAGACCUGGGUCAGGACAUGGCUGUGGGGAAGCUGGGGACUCAGGCUGAGAAAGACCGCCGGCUGAAAAAGAAGCACGAGUUGUUGGAAGAGGCGAGGAGGAAAGGCUUACCUUUCGCCCAAUGGGACGGCCCCACAGUGGUGGCCUGGCUGGAGCUGUGGCUGGGGAUGCCCGCCUGGUACGUGGCGGCGUGUCGUGCCAACGUGAAGAGCGGUGCCAUCAUGUCGGCCCUGUCGGACACAGAGAUCCAGAGGGAGAUUGGCAUCAGUAACCCCCUGCACCGCCUCAAACUACGCCUGGCCAUCCAGGAGAUGGUGUCCCUCACCAGUCCAUCUGCCCCGCCAACCUCCAGAACCCCGUCAGGCAAUGUAUGGGUGACCCACGAGGAAAUGGAGACCCUCGCAGCACCCUCCUCCAAAACGAGGUCCGGGGAGUCCGAGGAGGGGAGCUGGGCGCAGACUCUAGCGUAUGGUGACAUGAACCAUGAGUGGAUAGGGAACGAGUGGUUGCCCAGUCUAGGACUACCUCAGUACCGCAGCUACUUCAUGGAGUGCCUGGUGGACGCCCGCAUGCUGGACCACCUCACCAAGAAGGACCUCCGGGUGCAUCUCAAAAUGGUGGACAGCUUUCACAGGACGAGUUUGCAGUAUGGUAUCAUGGGUCUGAAGAAGCUCAACUAUGACAGGAAAGAGCUGGAGAGACGCAGAGAGCACAGCCAGCAUGAAAUGAGAGACGUGCUGGUGUGGAGCAACGAGCGGGUGAUUCGCUGGGUCCAGAGCAUCGGCCUAAAGGACUAUGCCAACAUCCUGCUGGAGAGCGGCGUGCACGGGGCCCUGGUCGCCCUCGAUGACAACUUUGACCACACCAGCCUGGCGCUGCUCAUCCAGAUCCCCAACCAAAGCACUCAGGCACGUCAAAUUCUGGAGAGGGAAUAUAAUAACCUGCUAGCCCUGGGCACUGAGAGACGACUGGACGAGUAUGAAGAUAAUGACCUCCGGGGGCCAUCGUGGAGGAGGCAGUUCCCCCCGCGGGACGUCCAUGGGAUCAGUAUGAUGCCCGGCUCGGCAGAGACCCUCCCCGCUGGCUUCCGCGUCACCACCGGCUCACACUCCCGUAGGCUACCCCCCGAAGUUGGCCCCUUAGCAGUGCAGCGUCUGGACAGCUCUACAGUGAGGACCUACUCCUGCUGAGGGAGGAGAAGAGAGACUGUAUGCUGUAAGUCACACACAUUAUCGCUGUGCAAGCUAUCAGUUGCGCAUACACACAUGCUCACGCACAAACUCUCCCUCUCUCUUACAUCUGUCGUUCUGCUCAGGGACAGCAAAUGACUGUGAGAAAUUGGAACGGGGUGAGAGGGUAACUUGUCUUUACAGAUAACCAUGUUUGCUUGGAGAGGAGAGUCCCUGCUCUAGAGCAGGCACUCAUGAUCAGAUGAUAGGAGUCAAAGGCAGCAGCAUGAGGCGGCCUCACUCUGUUGUCCCUCCUUUAAUCUCUGUCCAGCACAGACAACUACAGCCACAGAACACAUGGAACUGUAUUCCACAUCAGGUAACUGAUGCCAGCAGUAGAAUCAGAUUUUUUGAACUGAUAGAAAUACACCUUGUGGAACAGCGGGGACUGUGAAGAGACACACACAGGUAGUAUGGCAGUAAUAUACAUGUUGUAUUGUAGAUAUGUAGUGGUGUAAUACUGUUAUAUGAUGUACUGUUUUUAUAUUUGUUUCAUUUGUGAUGUAAGUGCCUUCAUGUGUUUGGACCCCAGGAAGAGUAGCUGCUGCCUUGGCAGGAACUAAUGGGGAUCCCUAAUAUAUACAUGAAUAACCCUGAAUGCCAAGGUAGAGAGAUAUAUGGCAGCUACGUCUCAAAUGAGAUGUUGCACAAUUAGUAAUGUCAACAAUAAUUCCCAUGUGAUCAAAUUCAUGUUUAUGAAAACUGCACUGUCACUGUGGAUAAAGCUUCACAGUGGCACAGUGUAAGUAAACCAUACCUCCUCUCUUUCAGGUCCAGAUACUGUAUGUAGAGAAGGUCUUACUGUACCUUGGAGCUGCUGGACGGGUCCUCCUGCCUGGAACAAACAUUCUGACGAGACGCACUGCCAAGAAGCACCCCCCUACCCACCCACCCACC